GAAAAAAAAGAGUAAGUGACGAGGACACCACCCUCGCACCAAACCAUUCUAGUCGCUUCCUCCCGCGACACACGCACCCUCCUCCGGCGAUCCACCACCACCUCACCUCGUCCACCGCCUCGCCAAUGGCCGGCGCCGCGCCCACCGUCACCAGGUCACUGCCGUCUCUGGUCCCUCCGGCGGAGCUGACCCCGGGCGGCUCCCUCCCGCUCUCCUCCAUCGACAAGACCGCCGCCGUCCGCGUCUCCGUCGAUUUCAUCCAGGUCUUUCCCGCGCCCGGGAAGGAGGACCUGCAGAGCGCCUCGGCAGUCGCCGCCAUGCGCGAGGGCCUCGCGAAGUCGCUCGUGCCGUACUACCCCGUCGCGGGCCGCAUCGCGGAGCCCGUCCUGGGGGAGCCCGAGAUCGAGUGCACGGGCGAAGGGGUGUGGUUCGUGGAGGCCGAGGCCAGCUGCACGCUCGAGGAGGCGCGCUUCCUGGAGCGCCCGCUGUGCAUCCCCAAGGAGGAGCUGCUCCCGCGCCCGCCGCCCGGGGUGCGCGUCGAGGACACCGUGCUCCUCGCGCAGAUUACAAUGUUCACAUGCGGUGGAUUUGCUGUGGGCAUUUGCUUCAGUCACUUGGUAUUUGAUGGGCAGGGCGCAGCCCAAUUUCUGAAAGCAGUUGGUGAAAUGGCGAGGGGGAUCCCUGAGCCAUCGAACAAGCCAAUCUGGGCUCGGGACGCCAUCCCCAACCCACCUAAGCCACCCCUCGGCCCGCCACCAUCAUUCACCGCGUUCAACUUUGAGAAGUCAGUGGUUGAGAUCUCUCUGGACAGCAUCAAGCGCGUCAAGGACCAGGUUGCAAGUGAGACCAACCAGAAGUGCUCCACCUUUGAUGUGGUCACCGCCAUAAUCUUCAAAUGCCGUGCCUUGGCAAUUGACUUUGCCCCAGAUGCGGAGGUUCGCCUGGGCUUCGCAGCCAGCACACGCCACCUGCUGAGCAAUGUGCUGCCUUCCGUGGAAGGCUACUAUGGGAACUGCGUGUACCCUGGGGGUCUCACCAAGACCAGCCAGGAGGUGAAGGAUGCAUCAGUUGUAGAGAUUGUGACAGCAAUCAGGGACGCCAAGGAAGCGCUAUCGACAAGGUUCCUUGACUGGAUGAGUGGCGGUGCCAAGGAGAACCACUACAACGUGUCGCUGGACUAUGGCACGCUCGUCGUCACCGACUGGAGCCAUGUCGGGUUCAAUGAGGUGGACUACGGGUUCGGCGAGCCGAGCUACGUGUUCACCCUGAACGACGAUGUGAACAUCGUGCCCUCUGUCGUCUACCUGAAGCCGCCCAAGCCGAAGCAGGGCAUCCGGCUGGUGCUGCAGUGCGUGGAGCAGCAGCACUCUGCCGUGUUCGACGAGGAGUUGCUGAAGCUUGCAUAGAGAAUGCGUCUGUUCCAUAGUGUUCUCCAUAGUAGGGAAUUCGUUGUAUUUUGUUGUGAUGAAUUGCUGCUUCCGGAAUUUGCUUGCAAUAAGACAGGUUUUGCC